AGGUUUUUUAUUUUUGGGGGGGAUCUUGGCGAAAAGCGUCUUUGUUUUCGUAUUGUCCCCAAGAAAACAAACGGGAUUCGCAAACUGGCCAAAAUGCAUUAUGGAAUCAAUCGGCGCGUCUUUUUUUCACACUUCGUUCGUGCUUAACCUCGACUAUAAAAGGGGCCCCCCCAACUGUAGUCCCCCCAACAUUUUCUACCCAACAUCUUUUGCCUACUUUUUAGGAUUCCGUUCAAACAAAACGGAUUCUUCCACUCGCUUCUUGUUUCGCGCAAUCUUUUAACGGUUAAGCCGAAGGCUUUGUGCUCUUCGGUCUCAAAUCAUCAGGGUAUUCGCCCUCAUCUUGUAACUUUGCACUUCGGGUUACCCCAGAAGUGCACCUGCAACCACGUACUUCCCAAGUCGACUUAACAUUCGUCUCCUUCCGGGGAUUCUUCCAGAACCCCCUUGGGCAGGUGCAGAAGGCGCCUGAAACUCCAUUUUUCCAAACUUUACUUCACUAGUCACUCGCUAAUCCGGGCCCGUGCCCUCUCACCGUCCUUUCCUCCUCUCUUCCAACGCGUCGCGCUUUUAUUACGUCCGGUCCGAUGAAGGAGGUUAUCGUACCUUUCAUCAACCCCGAUACUGAAUUUUUCGGUGCUCUCUCGCGUAAGCAGUCUCUUACAAAGCUCCACCAUGGCUUGUCCUCUGGGAUGGCCACGGCGGAGCCCGCGAACGUGAGUUCGCGGUCCGUUGGAUCAAUUUUGCGUAGCCGCACAGUUGACUACGAUGUGACGAAUCCCGAAGCGCAAGACUCUUUUUUCGUUGGUGAUCUUGGAGAAGUAGCCCGCCAGCAUGCACAGUGGAAGCAGCUCCUUCCUCGUGUCGAGCCCUUUUAUGCCGUGAAGUGUAACCCCGAUACCAUGGUAUUGAAGACCCUUACUUCACUCGGAACCGGCUUUGAUUGUGCGAGCAAGGGUGAGAUCCAGAUGGCGUUGGACCAGGGCGUGCACCCCUCCAAGAUUAUAUACGCCAACCCUUGCAAGCAAGCGUCCCACAUUCGCUUUGCCGCUGCUACUGGAGUCAGGAUGAUGACUUUCGAUAAUGCUGACGAACUACGGAAGGUGAAGGCUAUUCACCCAAACGCCCAGAUGAUUCUUCGUAUCCUGACGGAUGACUCGAGAUCGAUCUGCAAACUUGGCGUUAAGUUUGGAGCGCCCAUGGCAGCUGUGCCCCAUCUUCUCAAAGCAGCUCGUGAGCUCGACAUGGAUGUCAUCGGCAUCAGUUUCCACGUUGGAAGUGGAUGCUUUGAUGCUAGUGCUUUUGGCGAAGCUGUUAUGCUCGCUCGCAAGGCUUUCGAUGAGGGAAAAGCGUGGGGUUACGACUUCCACCUUCUCGAUGUUGGAGGUGGCUUCCCUGGCAACAACGCUCCCGGUGUCAGCUUUCAGCAGAUUGCGGCUGUGCUCGGACCGGCCAUUGACCAACAUUUUGGUCCCGAGGUACGCGUUAUCGCGGAGCCGGGUCGCUACUAUGUUUCUUCGGCUUUCACCUUGGCGGUCAAUGUCAUUGCGCGCCGCGUGGUUCCCCGGGAUCGGAAAAGCAGUGCUAUCGACGAGAGUGAGGCGAGCGCCGUUGCCACCCGCGAUGAUCAUCCUUCUUACAUGUACUACAUCAAUGAUGGAAUGUACGGAAGCUUCAACUGCAUCACUUUUGAUCAUGCUGUGGUUACUCCGAAUGUACUCGCGCGUUCGGGUGCUUUUAUGUACAAGCACGCGAUUCAAGAGGCCGAAUUCCCUUGUAGCGUGUGGGGCCCCACUUGUGACUCCAUCGAUUGUAUUGGCAAGGGCUUUUCCCUUCCUGAGAUGCAGGUCGGCGACUGGCUGCAUUUCGACAAUAUGGGCGCAUACACCAUGUGCGCUGCGUCCCAGUUCAAUGGAUUCAAGAAGAGUCCCGUCGUCUAUACCAACACGGAACUCGUUGAACCUGGACACUAGAUUUUUGUGAUAGAAUAUAUGCUGCUGAGGGAGGACUUUACUGGCGAUCAUCCUUCGUACUUUUUAUAUGAUGAAUUCGCCAAUUAAACUGUUUACAUUGACACUUUGUCAUUAGAAUACAUCCUUCUUUCUACUA